AAGAAGUCGGUAAAGGCCUCCAAUUCAAAUGCAAACAUCGAGUCCAUACUAAACUAUAGUUAAGAAUUAUAGGAAACAACAUCAUCUUGGUCAGUUCCAACAUAAGCAUCAAAAGAAUAAUCAGCCCACCUGAAUUUCAGCAAAUACAUAUGUCGUGGAGCCCAUGUACUAAGCCCAUUAGUACCCAAAAGCCCAAUAAAAAAUAAAUAGCUGCUGCUGCUAGGGUUUUUGCUAUCUUCAACAACAAGACCAGACCUUUCUCUCUCUCAGAUCGAAAAAAGACCCUUCUCUCUCUACCUCUGCUCUUCCACCAUGGCCGUCGGCAAGAACAAGAGGAUUUCAAAGGGAAAGAAGGGAGGCAAGAAGAAGGCUGUCGAUCCAUUUGCAAAGAAGGAGUGGUAUGAUAUUAAAGCCCCUUCAGUGUUCAGCAACAAGAACGUUGGAAAAACCCUAAUUACUCGUACUCAGGGUACCAAGAUUGCGUCAGAAGGUCUCAAGCAUCGUGUGGUUGAGGCGUCCCUGGCUGAUCUUCAAGGUGAUGAGGAUCAUGCUUACAGAAAGAUCCGCUUGAGAGUUGAAGAUGUUCAGGGAAAGAAUGUUCUGACUAACUUUUGGGGUAUGGACUUCACCACUGACAAGCUGAGAUCACUUGUCAGAAAAAGGCAAUCUCUUAUUGAGAGCCACGUCGACGUCAAAACAACCGAUGCCUACACUCUGCGGAUGUUCUGCAUCGCCUUCACAAAGAAGCGUGUGAACCAACAGAAGGUUACAUGUUAUGCAAAGACCAGCCAAGUUCGCCAGAUUCGGAGGAAGAUGCGGGAGAUCAUGGUUAACCAGGCCCAGUCCUGCAGCCUGAAGGAGUUGGUGCAGAAAUUUAUUCCCGAGUCAAUUGGGAAGGAAAUUGAGAAGGCAACAUCAAGCAUCUACCCCUUGCAGAAUGUUUAUAUUAGAAAAGUGAAAAUCUUGAAAGCACCCAAAUUUGACCUCGGCAAGUUAAUGGAGGUGCACGGUGACUAUACCGAAGAUAUUGGUGCGAAGUUGGAUAGGCCUGCUGAAGAGCCGGUUGCUGAGCCAACUGAAGUUGUUGGUGCCUGAUAGAUUGCGUUGUUUUGAACUUAUGUCAUGUUUACUGCUUUAGUUUUAUCUUGAAAUAGAUACUAUAUUUGUUUUUGGAGUUUCUUGUAAGAGAUUUUGUUUUUCCGGGAGUAGGUAAAUUUAAAUUCGGUCUAUAUCGAGUGUCUGCUCUGAAGUAGGCCAAGUUUUUGUUGA